ACUGGCAGCUCGGGACGACAGCAGUCCCUGUGGAAAGUUGCGGUUAUAAUCAAAGGUGGGAGACAGAGAGAAAACAUUCUGCAAGCAGAAUUCCCAACCUGACAUAAUGGGUGGAUCUAUUUCAAGCUUGGAUGAGAGCAGAUGUAACUAUAUCAGAGGUAAGGCUGAAGCAGAGCUUAAAAACUUCAGUCCUCAUUACCAGAGGCAAUACACUGUGGCUGCCUUCAACCAUAUCAGAUGUGAGGUACAGCAAGACCAAGAAGCACAACCCCAGUUGCUACAGCAUAAGGAUCCAAAGGGAACUGAGAAAGUGGUGUAUCAACAGGAGGUGAUACAGUAUGUAGAAGAAUUCAAGAAAUGGAAGGAACGAUAUAUUGUUGUAAAGAAUGACAAUACCAUGGAGUGCUAUGAAAACAAGGAGACCUACCAGAAAGGAGGUGAACCAAAGUGUAAACUUCUUCCAACUGGUUACAGAGUGCUUACAUCAAUGAUUGAAUAUGCCUUAUUGGUGGACAAGUAUUUCCCUGAUCCAAAUGCAGCCAGUGGGAAGGAUGGUAAUCAGAGCUUUCUCGUUAACCAUACCCAAUACUCCGUGUACCUAUGGCACCCGUACAGAAAGCAUAGUUACUUCUGUUUUGAAAAUGAAGAGACUCAGCGUGAAUUUGGGGCUGUCCUGAAUGACUGUAUCCGGCACCUGAAUUAUGAGUUUGCAGAACAGAAUUCGUUUGAAGUCCAAGCAUUCUCAGAAGCCAUUCAAUUCUUCAGGCAGGAAAAAGGCCACUAUGGGUCCUGGGAAAUGAAUCAUGGCAAUGAAGCAUUGAUUUUAAGCAACUUGGUGAUGGAAGAACUGUUACCUUCCCUGCAGAGUGACAUCUUGCCAAAAAUGAAAGGCAAGAAGAAUGAAAAGCGAAAGGCAUGGUUCAAUAUUGUGGAAGAAGCUUACAAUUUAGUACAAAACCAGCUUGUGGAUGGAUUACAGUCUCUACAAGAUGAGUGCAGAAAAUCUGUGAAGGACGUGGAGGGGAUCAUUCGUUCAGAUAUGGAUCAGAUCAUUACUUCAAAGGAAUUUGCUGCCCGGAAACUGAAAGCAAUAGUGGCAGAAGAAGCUGGGAAGUGCUGCCUUGAGAAUAUUCAGCCCUACCUGGCUUCUAUAUUGGAUGAAUUAAUGGGACUGAUCAGUUCAGGAUUCACCGAAGUCCGUUCUCUCUUUGAAACUGAAGUGAAUGAGUUAAGUGCAAAAUGUCAGAGUGCUGGUGAUGCUGAAAAGCUGAAAGAGCUCUUGAAUCAACUGAUGAAUCUUCCUUUUAAUGCUGUGAAGAUGCAGCCUUGUUAUAAUAAAGUAAGCCCUCUUCAAGACCAGCUUCAGGAAUUGAAGAACCGGUUCAAGUUCACCAAUACACAAUGGCUUAUUCAAACAACUCAAAACUCCAUGCAACAACUAAUGGACAAUGCAGUCUACACAUUUGAACAACUGUUGUCUGACUUGAUGAAGAAUAAUCCAUCAAAAAUAACAUCGAUUGAAAAAAUUAAACAACGGGUUUUAAAGCAAUUUGACCAUGACAGCAGCACUGUAAGGAAGAAAUUGUUCCAAGAAGCCUUGGUCCAAAUUGCAUUGCCAACACUACAGAAAGCAUUGGCACCAAAUUACAAGCGUGAGCUCCAGAAGUUUGAGCAAUACAUCUUUUCAGAUUAUACAAAGCUCAUUCAAAUGGAGAAUAUCUAUGAAGAAAUCUUACUUGAGACCGUUCUCAGGGAGGUGGUCAAAGUGGUGAAUGAAGCUGCCAUCUUGAAGAAACACAACCUCUUUGAAGACAACAUGACUUACACUAGUGACAGUGAUAGCAAUCUCACUGAUAAAAAUGAAGGAAAGACUCCACCAGAUUCUCAAUCAAGGAGCCCUGCUAAAACAUCAUCUGAAGGUUCAGAUGCUGAGGGAUUAGAAACUGUAGAAAAAGUGACUUUACAAAUGUCUGCUCCUGCAACGGAAUCCUCACUGAUUGAGAUACAGGAACGUGAACAGUCAUCAGUCUCACCGGAUAAAAUUCUUCAUACUACAUUAGAUUCUAAACAGAAUGGAGAAGGGAUUAUGCAAAUAGAUGCCAAUGCAGUGCAGGAAACUAGUCCAAGCACAAUUACUUGUCAGGAACCUGACAAAGUAAUCACAGUUGAUAACCAGAACAAUAAUGAUAACAUACCAACAAAUGAAUGCCAGAACAGACAGGCUGAAGCACAAGAUGAAAGGGACAAUUCCCCAGCUCCCGAUAGUUUGAAAGAAAUACAUGAUCUGUUAACAGUGGCAGUUGUGCCAGUUGAAGAGGGUCCUGAGACUCAGAAAGCUAUUCCGCCUAAUGAUGAAAGCCACAGUCAUGUAGACAAGGAAUCUAGUCCAAACGUGGAUGAACAACUUAAGGAUGUAGAUGAAAUCGAAGAAGAUGAUGUAUCGGCAAUUGAACUUGUGGAAGGUCAAAAUGAGGAUAGUAAAGAACCUAAAGUAGAAAACAUACUAGCACCAGUUGAGGAACUUGUAGAAAGCCACAGUGAGAAAGUUAAUGAACUCAAAACCUUGCAAUCAACAGUUAAGGAACUUGUGGGAGAACAAGGAGAGGAAGAUGAUGAAUCUAAAGACUCACAGUCAACCGUUGAGGAGCUUUUGGAAGAACAUGAUGAGGAAGAUAAGGAACCCAAAGAAUCGCCAUCCACUGUUGAGGAGCUUUUGGAAGAGCAUGGCGAGGAAGAAAAGGAACCCAAAGGCUCACCAUCCACAGUUGAGGAGCUUUUGGAAGAGCAUGGCGAGGAAGAUAAUGUACCUAAAAGCUCCUCAUCCACAGUUGAGGAGCUUGAGGAAGAACAUGGUGAAGAAGAUCUCAAACGCAAAAGCUCACCAUCUACAGAUGAGGAAUGUAUGAAAAAUCAGAGUGAGGAAGAGGUGUCAAAAGAAGACUUACCAGCAACUGUUAAUAAUCUUGUAGAUCAAGACAAAAACAUGACAGAAGCAGUAAAGCAAAAUGAAUGUCUAGAAAUUGAGCCUUGCAUUGACAACAUUGAGUCUAAUCAUGUUUCUGAAAGUAGUCCAAUAUUGCACAAAGAUGCAGUUGAAGAAGUGAGAACAAUAAACACCACAGACACUGAAAUAGCACUUGAAUAUUCUGAAAAGGACAAGGAACAAAGUACAUUGAGCCAGGAUGAAGCUAAGGAGGAUGAGAAAGAUUCUCCAAUGUAGAUCAUCAUUGAUGUAGAAGCAAAGGGAAAGGAAUUGGUGGUAAGUGACUCAUCAUUGCAGUAGACAAAUCUGUUGGAUCACCAAUCAGUGAAGAAAGCACCUUGACAAUCAAACUCCAAUAUAACAAUUCCAAGAAACCAAAAAACCCUAUUUCUACUUUUACCAGAGGCCUUUACUGAGAGAUCUGAUCAUAUUUGAUGUUUUCUAGAUUACAUUGGAUUGCAUUUCCUAUUCUUGUGCUUUCCUUGUGAAGUGACAAGAGAAGAGGUUUUUUUUAAGUGUCUUUUUCACCAUGUAAGGCUUCAAGUGUGUAUGCAGUGAUUCAGUUUGAAUGGACUGUAAGAAAAUAAAUCCGAGCUUACACCCAAGUGCACCAAACAAUAAUUGAAGAGUGUGCUUUAAAAAAAGGAGAUUAUGUGAAGGACAAUGGAACAGCUUUUGGUACAGAAGAAAUGGUUAUUAUCACAAUUCAAAACAAUUGCAGGAGAUUCAAAGCCAGCAACUUUCUUUGUUUAAAACAGGAUCUGUAAUGUUAACAAAAUCUUUGCAAUAGAUUCUAUUUUCAAGUCUGCUUUGAAGUUUUGGAUGGUAUCUACAAAAGAUAGACACUGUAAUCUGAUAUAAUUUAGUUUCUGCUUAUAGCUGUUUGUUAAUGUAUAAAGGAAUUAUUAAAAUCAUGUCUUAUUUUCACCUGCUGACAAUAUUUGGAAUGCUGUACAAUUAUUUACAUUACUCUGUUUAUAACAUAGAAUUUAGGCUUCAAUUCAGUAUGGUUUCAGCCAUAAAUUAAUACCUGCAAUUUAGUAGAAUGCUCAGUUUAGAUUUAUUCCAAUACCAAGACUGCAUGCCUGUCUGAUCACUUUCCUCUUCACUGUUCAAAUAAGUGUAGCAAUGGAUCUUGCUGUUAUCUAUUGAUUAACGGAAUUAAUGUUGAUGUUGUGUGACUUCACACUUUCUAACACUCUAGCAGCAUAAAGUGAUACUGGCCUGUGGUUGUCUUUUUAUAUAAUUCAGAGUUCGCCAAUCUCUCACGUAUCCUGCUCUAAGGUGUAGUGUAAAUACAGCAACCAUAAUAUUUCAGAUGCAGCAAUCACUUUGAGUAAAGAAGAACUAAUCAUACAAAGUUGGGUUAUUUUGAUGCAGCCAAAAUUGUACCUGCUCAUUUCUGUCAAACUUCAAUAUCAGUGUCCACAGCUGAAGUUUGAAUGAACAAUUCAGGGUUAUAAUUUUGAAUUUCCAAGCAAAAACUAAUCAACUACAUAACUAAAAAUAUAAGGUGAAAGUGAGGACUGUCAAUGCUGGAGAUUAGAGUCGACAGUGUGGGCUGGAAAAGCACAGCAGGUCAGGCAGCAUCCAAGGAGCAGGAGAAUUGACAUUUUGGACAAAACUAAAAGUAUAAAGCCAGUCAUUGCAGUAAGGGAAACAGAUUAAACAUUUCCAUUUAUCUUUCAAGUGGAGGGAUAGGACAGUUCUAUGUUAAGACCUGUGUUUGUCCUGUGUGAGGAAUUCACAGCCCUUUUCCCAAGAAGACAAAGAGAUUGAAUACCACAGAUUUCCUUUUGGAAGACAGGAGGAGGGAAAUGGGCCUUUUGUUUCAGGAAUAGUCAUUCUUUGAAACCUGAGAUGCAUUGUAGAGAUAUGCUAGUUAUUGGCCUCCCAACACUUGACCUGUAUGUUACAGAAAAUCCAAAAGAGGGAAAAAACAAAUACUCAUCCAGUGGAAAUUUAAAAAAACAUAGAAUCACACUACUAUCACCAGGGAUGAUGACUUAAAAAAUACACAGUGCUAAAUAAUUAAAGGUUAUGCAACUGCAAGUAUCACGUUAUUGUAAUUGUUAUUAUAAACUAACUUAUCGCAAUUUUGAAAAAAAUUCUGUCGAUUUGCAAUUGUACUGUACAACUAUCAAUGUAUCU